CAGGAGGUGACCGAGAGUGGAGAGGCCUCGAGGGGGAUGACUCCAGCAGUGUACCCCACUCCUUGGAAGAGCUCAGAGGAAGAUGUCAGCUCAGUCUCUUCCUGCAGCAACACCCCCUACCCAGAAGCCCCCUCGGAUCAUCCGGCCCCGCCCCCCUUCUCGCCCCCGGGCUGCCCAGUCGCCGGGGGCCCACCACAACGGCUCCUCUCCACAAGAACCUCCCCUCACUGCCAACGAGGCACCAACCCUGAUGUGCACCCCCAUCUUCUGGGAGCCCCCAGCCUCGUCCCUCAAGCCCCCAGCCCUUCUGCCCCCGUCAGCUUCUAAAGCCAGCCUCAACUCCCAGACUACCCCGGACUCGCCUUCCGGCACCCCCAGCCCAGUGUCCCGGCGCUCCAUCUCCCCAGAACCUGCUCCCCAGUCUCCAGUGCCCCCACCCAAACCCUCCGGGUCACCCCAAACAGCUCUGCCCCUGCUCCACUCGACCUGGGCCCCUGGCCAGGAUGGCUCUGCCUCGGCCACAGGCACCGUGCGGAGACUGGCUGGCAGGUUCGAAUGGGGGGCUGAAGGCAGGGUCCAGGCUCCCGAUGCCCCGGAGCCGGGUCCUCCAGGGGCACUGGAUGUGAAUGGGGAGAGAGAGACUGCCCAGGGCAUCCUCGCUGGGAGUGGGUCCCAGCAGAACGGCACUCCAGAUGCGGCGCUGGCCUGCCCUCCCUGCUGCCCUUGUGUCUGCCACGUAGCCCGGCCCGGCCUGGAGCUCCGAUGGGUGCCACAGGGGGGCUGUGAGGACGGCCCCAGGGCCCCCUGCCGGGCCUCCCCACUGCGGACCUCCCGCUCCCGCCCCAGCCCUCCAAGCCUCAGCCAGCCCCCCGUCGUCCUCACGUCCUACCGCUCCACUGCCGAGCGCAAACUCCUGCCACCCCUCAAGCCCCCCAAACCAACUCGGGUCAGACAGGACACCACCAGCUCUGGGGACGCCCCACAGCCAGAUCUCGACCUGCCCUCCGAAGAUGGAAUCCAAACAGGGGACAGUCCCGAUGGCGCCCCUCAGAACAAUCCUCCAGCCACCACGGAGGGCAGGGAGGAUGAGGAGCUGCAGGAGCACAACUGGGAACUGCCCCUGCAGGACGAACCCCUGUACCAGACCUAUCGCGCAGCCGUGCUGUCAGAGGAGCUGUGGGGGGUCAGUGAGGAUGGGGGACCCUCUUCAGCAAAUCCUGGGGAAGCUCCCCCCUUCGCCCGGCCCCCCGGACCUCGCAACACGCUGUGGCAGGAGCUUCCGGCUGUGCGAGCCAGCGGCCUCCUGGACACCCUCGGCCCCCAGGAGAGGCGCAUGCAGGAGAGCCUGUUCGAGGUGGUGACGUCCGAGGCCUCGUACCUGCGCUCCCUGCGGCUGCUGACCGACACCUUUGUGCUGAGCCAGGCGCUCCGGGACACGCUCACCCCCCGGGAUCACCACACCCUCUUCUCCAACGUGCAGCGCGUCCAGGGAGUCAGUGAGCGGUUUCUAGGGAAGUUACUGUCCCGUGUGCGCGCUUCCCCCCACAUCAGCGACCUGUGCGACGUGGUGCACGCCCACGCCGUGGGGCCUUUCUCCGUGUACGUGGAUUACGUGCGGAACCAGCAGUAUCAGGAGGAGACGUACAGCCGCCUGAUGGACACGAACGUGCGCUUCUCCGCGGAGCUGCGGCGGCUGCAGAGCCUCCCCAAGUGCCAGCGGCUCCCGCUGCCGUCUUUCCUGCUGCUGCCCUUUCAGCGCAUCACGCGGCUCCGCAUGCUGCUGCAGAAUAUCCUGCGCCAGACAGAGGAGGGGUCCAGCCGCCAGGAGAAUGCCCAGAAGGCUCUGGGUGCUGUCAGCAAGAUCAUUGAGCGGUGCAGCGCCGAGGUGGGGCGCAUGAAGCAGACAGAGGAGCUGAUCCGGCUCACGCAGAGGCUGCGCUUCCACAAAGUCAAGGCCCUGCCCCUGGUCUCCUGGUCCAGGCGCCUGGAGUUGCAGGGGGAGCUGACUGAGUUAGGAUGCAGAAGGGGGGGUGUGCUCUUUGCCUCCCGCCCCCGCUUCACCCCCCUCUGCCUGCUGCUCUUCAGUGACCUGCUACUCAUCACUCAGCCCAAGAGUGGGCAGCGGCUACAGGUUCUGGACUAUGCCCAUCGCUCCCUGGUCCAGGCCCAGCAGGUCCCGGACCCAUCUGGACCACCUACGUUCCGCCUCUCCCUUCUCAGCAACCACCAGGGCCGCCCCACCCACCGGCUACUCCAAGCUUCAUCCCUAUCAGAUAUGCAGCGCUGGCUGGGAGCCUUCCCCACGCCAGGCCCCCUUCCCUGCUCCCCGGGCACCAUCUAUGAGGACUGUGACUGUUCCCAGGAACUCUGUUCAGAGACUUCCACACCUGCCAAGACUGAGGGACGGAAUCUGGAGUCCAGGGCUCCCCACAAGCACCUACACAAGAGCCCCGAAGGCUGGCUGAAGGGGCUUCCUGGGGCCUUCCCUUCCCAGUUGGUGUGUGAAGUCACCGGGGAACACGAAAGGAGGAAGCACCUUCGUCAGCACCAGAGGCUCCUGGAGGCUGUUGGGCCCUCUUCAGUCUCCCCCAGUGCCCCCCAACCCUAAUGCAGGCCGGGGGGGACGGGGUGGCGGCACAAGUUGGCAGCCUGGCACAGAGGAGACAAAGCGCAUCCAACCAUUGGAUUUGCUGUCAGUGGAAACCCUACCUCAGUGGCAACCAAUAGGGACCAAGCUUCAAGACUGGGCAGCCAAUGAAAACAGGGCCAUCUGAGCCCAUGCACGAGGGAGAAUCAAGAUGGGUUGAGUGGAUUGCCAGCGGAGACAGAGGCUCAGUGCAGAGUGGCCAGUGGGUGCUGAGCUGACUGAACCUCUGGCUAGUGAGUAUCCCAGCUAUGCUCACAGCCAAGAAAGAGGAAGCUAGGUCAGUGCAGCUAAAAGAGGGCUGCACUGGAGAUGAAGUCCUAGGAUAAAAUAGCCAACAGCAGGGACACAUCCAGCCAAAGAAGAGACCAGUAGGAACUCUGCUUGGUGCUAUAGCAACGACCGUCUUGCCUUUUGAGUCUGGGACGUAUUAGAUUCCAUUCCCGGGGUGCCUCCUGUGUCCUCUUAAGCCAAUUCCUCUCUUCUAGAAGAAUCCAGAGUGUUUGUCUCAGAGAACCUGUGUGUGUGUGUGCAUAUGUCUGUAUAUGUAUCAAGGAAGGUGAUUCUGCUGAAUAUGAUGUGUGUGCGGUCUUGCCCCCUUCCCAGAUGAUUGAAUCCUCUAUUUCUCCCCUUACUCCCCAUUUUUCCUAUUAGUCUCCUCAGGAAAGACACUAGGUCUGAGCUCCAGAGGACAAUGUGCUGGGUGUGGCUGGCAGCCAGAGGCCAGAGCUGGGGAUGAGAGGCCUGGGUUCUGGGUCUCUUGGAGGCCAGGGUUCCAUGACAGUUGGAGGAUGAUAUUGUGGAGCAGCCAAGCAGCCUGGCAGAGGAGUCCAAGGGGCUGAAGAUGGCCAGUAACUGGGGUCCGAGGCCUCCUGAAGCCUGCAGGCCCUUCUCCUUGCCCAAAGCUUGGCCUUCAUAAUCCCUGCCUGCAGAUCUUCCAACCUGAACUAUAACCAGCCAUUCAGCCUCAGCGUCGGGCUGCAGACUGGUUCUGGGUCCCAGGGUUGAGUGAAGAAACAGGAGCUGUGGAUCUCGGGCCAGCUGAGCCUCUAGGGCUUUCUUGCCUUCAUCCUGGUCCUUUCACAGAAACACUGGGCCAAGCAGUGGGGAGAGAACAGAGAACCAGCAUUAUUGCCUAAUCCCACCCAGAGCAUCUGCUUCCAGAUGAGAAACUGCCCCCGCACGAUGCCAGAAGGAGGUGAGGAAUGGAGACAGAGCGGAGCAGACAGUUGCUGGCAGGUGGGGGCCCGGGCCUGGCACAAGGCUGUCCCUGAGCGAAGCCAUCACACCUUCCCUUCAGCUCAUGCAUGGCAACUUGCCCAGGACAGAAACUGCCACGCUGACCACUGGAGGUGCAAGGACUCUGGGAGACUGAGAGGGAGAAAGGCACUGGCAUUUGGCAUGUCCAUGACUUUGGAGAUUCACCUAGCACAGUGCCCGACAUACGAGAAACCCUCCAUAAAUGGUGGAGCUGCAUUGAGGCUCUCCUGGGAGCAUGUGCUUAAAGGAGCAGUGGUUUCCAAAUGUGACUUUAUUAGGGGGGAGGGGCUGGUUGAAAAGGGAUCCUUUGAGAGCAGGGGUCAACUCUGCUGGGAACUGGGGCUUGGAGACCAGCUGCAAGGUGUGUUGGCUCACUCACAGCUCCUGAGGGAUCUAUGGCGGUGUGAUGGGAGGAGGGUUGCAGAUGCUGAAGCAGAGAGCUGCUGCAGGUUGGGGAAGAGGACAGGCAGAGCCAGAUAUGGAUGGGGCUCUGGCAGGGGAUGAAGAUGCAGCAAGAAGGACACAAAGGGCAAUCAGUCAGCAAUAAAGAUCCUUUACUG